AUGCUACACGAAAACUUACUUUCAAUGGAAAAAGACACCACUAGCCUGAAUGAUGUAGACAGAGAAAAUGUUUGUAUCCAAGAGGAGUCUUCCUCUAAGGUAGACUGGAACAGAUUAAGGUUAGCAGACUUAAGAGCAAUGUGUAGAAGAUGCAACCUGCCUUCAGAUGACAGUGAUGAGGAGUACAAUAAUGGACAGAAAGAAAAAAGCAAGUUAGUUGAAACUGAUAACGAAAAUAAUAGAGGUAAUCAAAAAAAUGAGCUUUAUGAUAUGUUAAUAGAAGCAAGAAAACAAGUGAAACCAAAGGAAUACAAGCCUUUCCAAAGCUUUGGAAGUAGUUAUAGCAAAGAGGAUAUAUGGUGA